AUGACGGGCUCCUGCUGCGGCUCCACCUGUGGGGACUGCUGCCAGCCUUGCUGCUGCCGCGACCCCUGCUGCUGCCGCCCCGUGUGCUGCCAGACCACCGUGUGCCGCCCCGUGACCUGUGUGCCCCGCUGCACGCGCCCCAUCUGCGAGCCCUGCCGCCGCCCCAUCUGCUGCGACCCCUGUGGCCUGCAGGAGGGCUGCUGCCGCCCCAUCUACUGCUGCCCCAUGUCCUGCACUGAAGUGUUCUGCCGCCAACCCAUCUGCUGUGACCCCUGUGGCCUGCAGGAGGGCUGCUGCCGCCCCAUCUACUGCUGCCCCCUGUCCUGCACUGAAGUGUUCUGCCGCCAACCCAUCUGCUGUGACCCCUGUGGCCUGCAGGAGGGCUGCUGCCGCCCCAUCUACUGCUGCCCCCUGUCCUGCACUGAAGUGUUCUGCCGCCAACCCAUCUGCUGCGACCCCUGUGGCCUGCAGGAGGGCUGCUGCCGCCCCAUCUACUGCUGCCCCAUGUCCUGCACUGAAGUGUUCUGCCGCCAACCCAUCUGCUGUGACCCCUGUGGCCUGCAGGAGGGCUGCUGCUGCCCCAUCUACUGCUGCCCCACAUCCUGCACUGCCGUGGUCUGCCGCCCCUGCUGCUGGACCACCACCUGCUGCCAGCCCGUCAUUGUGCAGUCCCCCUGCUGCAGGCCUCCCUGCUGCCAGCCCGCCCCUUGCCGCACCACCUGCAGGACCUGCUGCAACUGA